CGGAAGUGACGUCGCCCGUUGCUGCGGCGAUCGCGCUUCCCGCCCGCGUGCUGCCCCGGCGGUGCGCGGCCAUGCUGGCGGGGCGGGCGCCGCCGGGAUGCUGCCGCCGCAUCCGCCUCCUCCUCCCGCCGCUGCCGUGCUGGGCGAGGCGGGCGGCGGGGCAGUGGGCGAGCCCGGGGCUGCGGGUUCCGGAGGCAGCGGAGGUAGAGCGGCUGGUGCAGGAUGGGCUGCGGCGGCGCUCGCCGCUCCGCCGUUUCAUCGCCUGCCCGCGACUGGCGCGCACCGUUCAGGGCUGCCUGCGGGGCGGGGCCGGGCCCCAGCCCGUCCUGCUCGAGUGCGCGCCCGGUCCUGGAAUCUUGACCCGAAUUCUGCUUAAUGCAGGCAUUAGAGUGGUAGCUGUGGAAAGUAACUUAGCUUUUCUUCCAAAUUUACAGUCCCUAGAGAAUAGCCUGGAUGGACAACUAAGGGUAAUUUAUGGUGACUUCUUUAGACUGGAUCCUUUGGUGACUGGAAAGGUGAAACCACCUGCUCUGUGUUCUGACGAGCUUUUUGAAACCAUGGGUGUAGCAGCAGUUCCUUGGAGGGCAGAUGUACCUGUGAAAGUUUUUGGGAUCUUGCCACAGAGAAAGGAAAGGAACACACUUUGGAGGCUUCUUUUUUCCCUGUAUGAAUGCAGUUCCAUAUACAAAUAUGGAAGAGUAGAACUCAACGUUUUUAUAAGUGAAAAAGAGUACAAGGUAUUAACAGCAAAGCCUGGAGAAGUGAAGGCUUACCAAGCACUUAGUGUACUUUGGCAAAUAGGAUGUGAAAUUCAGCUGCUACACAUGGAACCUUGGUCAUCAUUUAUAACUAAUUUGAAAAAUGGGGCACUGGCAAUACCAAAAAGCACGUGCCUGCCAAAUGACCAUUUAUGUUUGGUACGACUAACUCCUCGGCAAAAUCUUUUCACAGGAGGCUUGAAGACCACAAAUUCAUCUACCUUUGUUUUCAUGGUGAAACAGUGUUUUGCUAAACCCAGAUCCAGACUUACUGAUAGAUUAAAUUCAUGGAGCUUGGACAGUGGUGGCAAAUUACUGAGAGAGCUAGAAAUUCCAAAAAGUGCUGAAAUGCGUGACUUAUACCCAGAAGACUACAGACGUCUUUUUGAGGCUUUGCAAAACUCUAGUAUGUUUACUGACACUUGGUUCCAUGAUGAAGUCUUGGAAAGUAUAAGGAAAAUAAACUUAUAAAUCUAAAGCUGCUGUCUUUUGGAAGAUCACCUUUGCUUCUGGAAGAUUACUUUGAUAAGAAAUGA